CCCCGCCCCCGCCGAGGCAAUGUUCCCGUCUGCUGCUGACGCCUGCGACGAGUGCACACCCGACUAUGCCCUCCACCGGAGCCCCAUGGCGCUGGCCAUGUCCGCGCUGCCCUUUAUCCUCACCUUUCUCGUCGUCGCCUUUGUCGUCUCGUACAAGCUGUUUCCCAUCCUGUCGGGCAAGGCACACCGCGAGCGCCCACCUACGCUGAGCAGCCUGCGCCCCAGCGCCGUCUCCGCUGCGAGCGUCGUCUUCUCCACAAACUUUGCCCUCUCGGCUGUGCUCGUGGAACUGAUUCUGUGCGAAAUCUCAAACACCGUCAACCGUGCCACACGCACCCUGGCGCUGAAGAUCACGCUACCGUCGCUGCUCUUCCUCCUUGUCGUCGCUACACCGGCCUUGGAGAUACACUCGGUCAUAUCAGGAACGGGCUUGAAGUUUGGCGGAGAGCACAGGACCCGACGCAGGGCAGCAUGGGCUCUGGAGCUGCUUGGCCUCGCCGUGUGGCUCGUCGGCUUCUGGUAUCUGGGACGCGGGUUGCUAGGCUCGUAUCUACACGAAGCAUCAUACGAGCAUAAUCACACAAUCAGCCAGGGAUGUCUCGAGCGCAUAGGCAUCAUCGGCAUUAGCCUGAUGGCUUCCUUGGCCGGCUUUGCUGCCAUCUCCGCACUCUGGCAAACGUUUGGGGUCAAGUACCGCCCUGUCACCGAUUCGGACAUUGCGCGUAAGCAAGCUGGUAUCCAGGCGACCAACGACAUGCUCCUCACCAAAGAAAGCCGGCUGCGCGUAGUCGAGCGCAAGCUGUCCGACAACCCGCAGCAGGGCUUCGUAGGCCGCGUAGUAGGGACGCUUCGAGGAAACCCAGACGUGCAGGAGCGGAACACGCUGCAGCUGGAAAUCCAGGGCCUCGAAACGAUGCGUCAAUCACUCCAAAACUCGCUAACCAUUCUCCAGAACCGACGCCAGUCGCAGUUGCGUGCACACACGGCACACGGGCGGCUGCUAGGCGUAUUUUCCUAUGUUUUUGCAAUCUACUGUGCCUAUCGCAUUGGCGCCACAACCGUCACUACUCUGCGCCGCUUCUCUUCCCCCAACACGAGCUUCUCCAACAGCGAUCCAAUCAACAACUUCCUCGCCCUGCUGGCAAAACACUGGGAUCCAACGAUUGAUCGAGUGGCCUGGAGCCGCACCAUUUCCUUUUUGCUCUCUGGCGUAAUGCUCCUAUUGUCAUUCAACAGCGUCCUCCAAACGUUUCUCCUCUUUGCGAGAGUGGUCCCUAGUCUUUUGCAUCACGCAAAGACAAACUUUGCCCUCAUUAUCUCCCAGAUUGCAGCAACCUAUGUCAUCAGUUCGGCGCUGCUGCUUCGCAGUAACUUGCCGCCCGAGAUGAAGAGCAAGAUAGGAGACGCCCUGGGCGCACCGCUUGAACCAGGAUUCACCGAGAGAUGGUUCGAGGCCUGGUUUCUGGCCGCGAGUGCAGCGACCGUUCUAGGGCUGUGGCUGGGCAAGCGAAUCAAGGGAAGCGAAUGGGACGAUGAUGGAGACGGGGCUGAUGAUAUUGAGAUGGGCAAGCGGACCACAUAGCCUCGAUACCAAGAAUGUCAUUCUCUGAUUUCUGCCAAUGAUCCGGCAACGCGAUGAGGGUC